GAGGCGCAAAGCAAACGUCCUCACUAUUCUUCUUCGUCUUCGCCUCCUCAAAUUCACCGCUCCCCCCCCCCCCCCCCCUCCUUUCGGUCGUCUCUCUGUACUUGGAACUCGAGAACUCUCUCUCAGCCUUUCAUUUUCCUACGGUCUGGUUUCGGGGGCUGAGUGAGGAUGGGAAAGAAGCGCGUGAUGGUGCCGGCCAAGGAACUCGACUUAAGCGCAGUGAAGUACGAGCCCGAAGUUAUUCAAGCUCCUCAUUUGACUGGGUUGUGGCUCAAGCUAUUUGUUAAGUUACUUGAAACUCCAUUCAUCGGUCCUUCCAUCAUGUCCAGCUUGAAAAAGCACAACAGAAUGGCCGAGACGUUGCAGAAUACUGUGAUACCAGAGACACCCAUGUUUAAGCCCGAGUUUCCUCCCCAAGAUCCAGAGCCUGCUGUUGUCAGUUUGGAAGAAGAUGGAAAACCUGAAGGUCGUGUUGAAUUAGCCUUGAAGAGUCUUCCUCAGUAUGAUGCUGGUUGGUGCUGGACUGGUGAUUCAACUCCAUCCUUUCACUAUUGGAAGAUACGUGAUUUUGCUUAUGCUUACCGGUCUAGGCUGGCCACUCCAUCCAUGGUUGCAGAACGUGUGAUUUCAGCCAUGGAAGAGUUCAGCAAUAAGAAGCCCCCGGCACCAUUAUUGAUUUCUUUUGAUGGCGAAGAAGUAAGAAAGCAAGCUGCUGCUUCUACUCAGAGGUUCGAGGAAGGAAAACCAUUGUCAAUCCUGGAUGGGAUUUUCGUGGCAAUCAAAGAUGAUAUAGACUGUUAUCCACAUCCAUCAAAGGGUGCAACAACAUGGUUUCAUGAGGUGCGCCCUGUUAAAAAGGAUGCAGUUUCUGUAUCAAGAUUACGUAGCUGUGGUGUGAUUUUUGUUGGAAAGGCAAAUAUGCAUGAGCUGGGCCUGGGAACGACUGGAAACAAUCCAAAUUAUGGAACAACAAGAAAUCCACAUGCUCCAGAAAGGUAUACAGGAGGAUCAUCCUCGGGCCCAGCAGCAAUUAUAGCUUCUGGACUUUGCUCAGCUGCACUUGGAACAGAUGGUGGAGGUUCAGUACGUAUUCCUUCUUCUCUAUGUGGUGUAGUGGGCUUGAAAACAACAUAUGGACGAACUGACAUGAGUGGGUCAUUAUGUGAUGCAGGGACUGUGGAAAUUAUAGGCCCAAUUGCAGCAAAUGUGGAGGAUGUGAUACUUGUGUAUUCAGCAAUUUUGGGAUCCUUUCCUGCUGAUAGAAUCAAUAUAAGACCGUCCCUUCCCUGUUUGCCAAAUUUAUCAUCGUACGAGAGUUCAAAUGCUUUGGCAUCGCUGCGAUUGGGAAAGUAUACGGAGUGGUUUAAUGAUGUAUUCUCGGCCGAUAUUUCUGAAAAGUGUGACAACAUUCUCAAUCUGCUAUCAGAAAAGCAUGGGUGCAAAACAAUGGAGAUUGUAAUACCUGAGCUGCACGAGAUGCGCUUGGCUCAUCUCAUUUCAAUUGGCUCUGAAUCAAUAUGUUCGCUUUAUCCUGAGUGUGAGGAUGGGAAGGAUGUGAAACUCACAUAUGACACCCGUACUAAUCUAGCACUCUUUCGUUCAUUCACAGCUUCAGACUAUGUUGCUGCUGCACGUCUUAGGCGAAGGAUAAUGUACCACCAUAUGGAGAUCUUUAAAAAGGUUGAUGUCAUAGUGACCCCAACAACUGGCAUGACAGCACCUGUAAUACCUCCUAAGGCUCUUAAAUUUGGCGAGACAGACAUGCAGGUCUCAGGUAAUCUUAUGCGUUUUAUUAUAGCAGCAAAUCUUCUUGGUCUCCCAGCUAUUUCUGUACCUGUUGGAUAUGAUAAGCAAGGACUGCCAAUAGGUUUACAAAUAAUAGGCCGACCCUGGGCUGAAGCUACAAUUCUGCGCUUGGCUGUUGCAGUAGAGGACCUAUGUGCUGAAUCUAGGAAGAGGCCGGUGUCGUUUUAUGACAUUUUGAAGGGGAACUAAGGAAACCGCUCUCUGUCGUGCCUCUAUUCUCUUUGAUUGUUGAAAAGCAUCUGAGCCUGCCCGCAUUGUAUUCCAACUUAAGUUCGAAACUAAUGUUUGUUUUGUCAUAACUUAAACUUUCAAUCUUGGCAGAGGAAGUAUAUUCAGAAUAAUAUAUUGGAAGUGUAAUUGAAUAAAAUCCACAUGGUUCCUAUUUGCUACCCAGCCCAUCACCGGUGAAAAGCUAGACGGCACUAUUUUAUUA